GGACUUUAUCUCUAAUACAGCACCAGAACACAUUUCCAUCUCCUCUCGCAGUCUGCAACAUUGUAACUUUGUAAACACUUUGACAAAUGUAUCCAGUCUGAUGUUACUUUGUUUCAUGUUUGCGCAACACAAUCACUUUUUUCCCCAGCCUGUACUUUUUUUUUUUUUUUAAAGCGACAGGGUGUCUAGACAACCACAUGACCCGCGGCGCGCCAAUGACAGAGACAGAGCGAGAUACACAUACAGAGAGAGAGAGAGAGAGAGAGAGAGAGGCGCCUGAUCUUCUGCUCGUUUACAGUCUGUUUAGUAGCGAUCGACUCGCUUGUUGUUUCCCAUGCUCGGAAGCUGAACGCAUUUAUGGUUCGGGAACGAUCUGAAAACGGUUAUUCGUGGAUAAUUCCGAGCGUUCUCAUAUGUUACAGCGUGUAUGCAUCAGGAAACACACGCGUUUAAGAUAGUUUUUCGUCUUUUCUGUCCGGCCAGACGUGGAUUUAUACUGGUGCCUUUUGGAUCAGAGCUUCAGAUUUGGUUUCAAAUGUAUCAUUAUUGUAUCCGGAGGACCCGUUGAUGUUAGACGCUUAACGUUACGUGUGGAUUAAGAUCGAACGCUUUUAUCGCUGUUACAUUGUUGCACGCUACUGUGACAUCAGCGUUCAUGUGUCAUUUCUGAGGAGUUCAACGCGAAUGUAGCGGCGCUUCUGAUCAACACGGACAGUCUGACGGUUUCUGGAUCUCGAAGGGGUAUUUUUUAAAAUUCCGUGUCGGUUUGGUUGGUGAAAUAUUAAAGACUGGCGUAUGAAACAGAUUGCCUGUGCUUCUCCUGCUCGCCGAUUCUCCGCCGUCUCCUCUCCGGUUGUGGAUUCGGACCCCGGGAUCUUCAUGAUUUGCGGACAAAAUGGCCGUUUUUUAGCCGGGGAACCCUUUUGUCGUCCCGCAUGUUCAGGACCAAACGAUCGGGGCUCGUCCGGCGACUCUGGAGGAGCCGUGCGCCCGUGGUGGGCGACGGGGACGCGGACACCGGGACGCGCGGGGGCAACGCGGGCUGCUGCCUCGGGAAACCCAGCGGCGUUAAGCCGAACCCCGGCACCGAGGCCGAACUGAAAGCCCUGACCUACUCCAUCCUGAAAAAGAUUAAAGAAAAGCAGUUGGAGGUGCUCCUGCAGGCGGUGGAGUCCAAGGGGGGAGCGCGGAGCCCCUGCCUCUAUAUGCCCGGGAAAGUGGACGCCAGACUGGGUCAACAGUCGUACCCGCUCCCGCUGCUGCUCUUUAAAGUGUUCCGGUGGCCGGACCUCCGGCAUUCCUCGGAAUUAAAAAGACUCUCGUGCUGUGAAUCUUUUGGGAAAAUCAACCCGGAGCUCGUGUGCUGCAACCCGCAUCAUAUGAGCAGACUCUGUGAGCUCGAAUCCCCCCCACCCCCGUACUCAAGAUAUCCCACCGAUUUUCUUAAACCACCUGAUUCUCCAGGUUCUGUGCCUGCUUCCACUGAAACUGGGGGAUCAACGUAUUCGGCCCCUGUGGGGUUCUCAGAUUCCCUGGCUCUUCAGGAGCGUGGAGAACACCCUCACUGGUGUGUAGUGGCAUACUGGGAGGAGAAGACCCGCGUUGGACGUCUCUACUCCGUCCAGGAGUCAUCUCUGGACAUUUUCUAUGACCUACCUCAAGGCACGGGCUUUUGCCUGGGCCAGCUCGCUUCCGACAACAAAAGUCAACUCGUGCAAAUGGUUCGGGCCAAGAUCGGCUACGGCAUCCAGCUCAGCCGCGAAGCUGACGGUGUUUGGGUGUACAACCGGAGUUCCUAUCCGAUAUUCAUCAAGUCAGCCACUCUGGACAACCCGGACUCACGUACGCUGCUAGUGCAUAAAGUAUUCCCAGGAUUUUCCAUAAAGGCCUUCGACUUCGAGAAGGCCGGAAGCCUGCAGCGACCCAAUGACCACGAGUUUAGCCAACAGCCGCGGACGGGUUUUACCGUACAGAUCAGUUUCGUAAAGGGCUGGGGGCAAUGCUACACCAGACAGUUCAUCAGUAGCUGCCCCUGCUGGCUCGAGGUCAUAUUUAACAACCGAUAACAGCAAGCCCCGCCCUUUACCACCCCCCAUUCCUUAAUCGCCAUGACGAUGGACUAGCCCUUACCUUUUAUGGACUACUUUUUUUCCCGAGAAGCGGAAGAGUUCUCCAGAGGAUGUUUUACGAAAGAAAACUCACUUUGACUUGUUUAAUAAAUGACUAAGAUUUAAUUAAGUGAAAGAAAUGCUAAAAUGUAUUUUAUGUUAAAUAUAUAUUAUUACGUGUAAAUACGAAGUUUUAUAUGCAUUGUUAUUUAUGUAUUGUGCAAUGUGUUGAUGAGAAAAAGAUGCACUUUGCUUAAUAUAAAUGCAAACAAAGACAUGCCAAAAUAAAACAAAAAAUA